AUGCGGCUACAACUCAGUCUUCGUCUCAUUGCAACAGCUGCAUUCGGGGCGUUGAUGUUCCCCGCCAUUGUGCAUCCCUGGCCUACCUCAGAUCUUACCACAGAGCUGCACGAUCCUAGCUUGAUCGAGGACAUCUCCUUCGUCCUUCUCGAGCCAUGGCCCGCUAGCAAUGGGCUAGAGCCACAAUAUGGCCAUCAAACCCUCUGGUUACGGAAGCGAGAGUGUUUGGAGAAUGGAAGCAACUACUGCUUCGCCGAAAAGGAACGCUUUUGCCCCGAUUGCGGCGGAUGCUGCUCACUCGGCUCUGAUCGUGUCACGGUAACUUCGACGAAAACUGUUCAGACAACCAUGACCCAUUCCGAAGUCGAGGUUGUGACUGUGCAUGUCCAAGUCGAAGCCACCUCUACCCUCAAUUCCCUCGUCACUAUAACGAUCACCUCCGAUCAAGGAACACAGACAGAGGUUACCCUCCGCCCCGGUGGCAACGAGGAGCUCUCGCUUUGGGGUUUUCGAGGUGCUGUGGAGGAAACUCGUUUUCGGCGGCCAGCUGCACCCCCGAGAGACCCCGUCCUGCCCAUCUCCCCGACCGAGUCGAGCCAGUGUACGACGCUUACUAGUGCCGACGCCUUCGAGUUGCUUCGACGCCAAAAUGAUGGCGGCACGUCGACGUCCACCGUUUUCGUCACGACAACUGUCGUUGCGCGAACGACGGUCAAGGAUAGGAAGACCACGACGAACUUUGAGACGACGACCAUCACGACGACCAUAUUCUAUACUAGCACCAAGGUUUUGGGCGCGCGAGAGACAGUGUUUAGCACUUCCACCGUAACCGUAUCGUCGAGGCAGCCGACUACACGCACAAUCACGUCCACAAGUACCUCGUUUUACGAUCCGACCGACAUGCCUCAGACGGGCAUCCUUCCUACUGAGACGCCAGGCCUUCAGCCGGACACUGAAACCCGGAGCCGCAGCCGCCUUUCUACCGGCGCUAUCGCCGGCAUCGGCGUUGGUUCCGGCAUCGCCGCCUUGGCGAUCGGCGUCCUUGCCUUCUUCCUCUGGAGGCGGUCAAAGAACAAGAAGGAGCCGCAAGGCGAGUUUCCGCCCGACUUCAUCCUCGCACCCGCCCCGGCCCCCAUCCCUUCCUCUUCCCGCCACCACCGCGGUAGCUACAUCUCCUCCACCGGAGGAAAGUCGUCGAGGCAAUCCUACGGCGGCACCGCUGCCGCUACCGGCUCCCCACCCGGUACGCGAGAUCAUAACCGGUCUAUAUCGGAAGCCACGACGCAUGUGCCCUCUGCCUAUAGCUCCGUGGCCCAUGACAUGCCUUACGAGCAAGGGGAACGGCCGCAGAUGAGAACGAUCCCCCACCCGAGCACAAGCACGGUUGGACGGAUGACGCGCUUUGCCGAGCUAGAUGGAUAG